AUGGCUCUCCUCCUGCAAGGCAAAGUAGCAGCCCUCACAGGAGCCGUAACGGGAAUCGGACGAGCAAUUGCAAUCGAUUACCUCAAACAUGGAGCAAAAGUCGCAGUCAAUUACUUCCCAGACGACCAAUCCGAACGACAAUUCCAAGAAUUACGAACCGAAACAGGGCAUUCAGAAGAAUAUUUAAUUGGAAUUCCAGGAGAUAUUACGAAACCUGAAACUUCUCAAGAGUUGGUUAGGAAGACCGUGGAGAAAUUCGGGAGAUUGGAUGUUUUUGUGUCGAAUGCGGGUAUAUGCGCUUUCGCGGACUUCUUAACCAUGCCACCCGAGCUAGUAAACAAUACCAUCUCAACGAACCUCACGGGAGCCUUCUUCGCCGUACAAGCCGCCGCGCAACAAAUGUCCACACAAGUGCCCUCAGGGGGAAGUAUAAUUGGAAUUUCCUCCAUCUCGGCUCUAGUAGGAGGAGCGGGACAAACGCAUUACACUCCCACAAAAGCGGGAAUCCUAUCGCUCAUGCAGAGCACCGCGUGCGCUUUGGGACAAUAUGGUAUCAGGUGCAAUGCGCUGCUCCCAGGGACCAUUCGAACACAGCUCAAUGAUGAGGAUCUCGCGGAUGAAGGGAAGAAGAAGUAUAUGGAAGGUCGCAUACYGCUGGGAAGACUGGGCAGGACGCAAGAUCUCGCUGGUCCGGCUGUUUUUCUUGCGAGCGAUAUGAGCGAGUAUGUGACUGGUGCGCAGUUAUUGGUUGAUGGAGGGUUGUUUGUGAAUUUGCAGUAA